UAAUCGAUGUAACCCCGUGUGGCGGGUUCAAAGUUAGCCCAUCAUUAGCAUCGGCUAGUAGUGUUUGUUUUUGUCGUGAUGCCGUCAGAAAACCUACGAUGGGAAACUUUACAGGCCUUAAAAAAUUCACCGAAGGGCAAAAUAAGUUUCGACCCAUACUGGUCGGAACGAGGAGAGCACAUCCUGGCUGGAUGUAAAGACGUCCUCAGCUUGUCUCCUCACUCGGCCGUCAUAUUGGAGCGUCUCGGUUCGCUGCCUCUCCAGAAAUCCUCUUUUUUGAGCUCCAGCUCCAGAGACUCGAGUCCCGGUCCUUCGGAGGAGAUCCCAGCCUCCGUUUCCUCCACAGGAUCCGUCUCCGACAUCAACACCAGGAACGUCUUGCUUUCUGCAGCUCCGUCUCUAAAGAACGAACGGGAACAGACUUCCAAUGACGAGGUGAAGGAUGAAAAUCCAGAGGAGGAUGUCAGCGAGGUUUCCAGUCCGGCGUUGCUUCCCUCCAUCUCCCUGCUGUCGCCCAAAGCCAUGGAAACGGCCGGACGGAUCAUCAGGUUCGAGGAGGAACAUCGAGAAAAGGCCAAGCUGGCCCUCAGGCUUCGGCAGGAGGCCCAGGAGAAGCUGGUGGUUUCGGUGGCGAACGCCGAGUCGGAGCAGCUGAAACGAUUCGAGGAGCUGAUGGAGCUGAAACAGAGACAGGAGCUGCAGAGCAUGAAGGACAUGAUGGACCGAGAGACUAAGGAGAGUAUGGGCCGCCAGGAGAAGCUGAAGGAGGAGCAGCGACACAGAAUGAAGAUCCUGAACCUCCGGCUGAGGGAGGCGGAGCAGCAGCGUCUCCGGGAAGCCGAGCUGGAGAAGCAGCGUCAGACGGAGGGCAGGGAGAGGCUCCGGACCCUCAACACCAUCCAGGAGGAGAUCCUGCAGCUCAACCAGCUCCUGGAACCGUCCUCCAGGACCAGGACGGAGCUGCCGGCCGCCAGCAUCAGCUCCUACAGCACCAGAGGAAACCAGCUGUGCUCGCAGGUGUCCGAGGUGGUCCGCAAGACGGCAGAGGGUGAGUUUCCCAGCGUGGAGGACAUGAUGGCGGCCGAGCGAGCCCUCCACGAGAUGAGGGCGCUGAUCCGGCUGAUGCAGGAGGAGGCGGCGAAGGCUCAGGAGAAGAAGAAGAAGGAGGAGGAGCAGGAGGAGGAGCGCAGGAAGCAGGCGGAGCUUCAGGCGCAACAGGAGGCGCAGAAGAAGGCGACGCAGGCGGCCAAAGAGAAGGCUCAGAGGAAAGGGCUGCAGAACAGCGCUGAAGAUGCGACGCUGAAAUGGUUCAAGGAGCUUCAGGACUCAGCCGCUCGCUGCACUCAGUCCUUCGAACAACUAAACUCCCCGAAAGACGCCCAGACGAAGAAAUUGAAGCUGGAGCUCCAGAAAGCCGCCACCAUCCCCGUCAGCCAGAUCGCCAGCAACUCCGGAUCGCAGCUCCGAGAAAUCUUCGACAAGAUCGACAAGCUGCUGUCAGGACGUCCGGUGGUUUCUGGAGGGAAGUCGGUGUCGACCUCGAUGCAUCCUCAGGGGCUGGACUUCGUCGGCUACAAACUGGCCGAGAAGUUUGUGAAACAAGGAGAGGAGGAAGUGGCGUCCCACCAUGAAGCAGCGUUUCCCAUCGCUGUCGUAGCUUCUGGAGUCUGGGAGCUCCAUCCUCAGGUGGGAGAUUUGAUCCUGGCUCACCUGCACAAGAAAUGUCCGUACGCCGUCCCUCAUUACCCCCCGAUGAAGGAGGGAACGCCAGUGGAGGAGUACCAGAGGAUUCUGGGUUACCGUGUGGACGACUCCGGAGUGGAAGGUCAGGACAGUUUCCUGAAGAGGAUGUCGGGGAUGAUCCGACUCUACGCCGCCAUCAUCCAGCUGAGGUGGCCCUACGGAUCCAAGCAGGCGGUGGCUCCUCACGGUUUGAACCACGGCUGGCGCUGGUUGGCUCAGAUGUUGAACAUGGAGCCGCUGGCCGACAUCACGGCCACGCUUCUGUUCGACUUCCUGGAGGUUUGUGGAAACGCUCUGAUGAAACAGUAUCAGAUCCAGUUCUGGAAACUUAUCCUGCUGCUGAAAGACGAAUACUUCCCCAGAAUCGAAGCCGUGACCAGCAGUGGACAGAUGGGCUCCGUCAUCAGACUCAAGCAGUUUCUAGAGACGUCCCUCCAGAGCCGACAGAUCAGUCCACCUAAAGGCCAGCUGAGCUCCACCUUCUGGAGGUCGUGAUCCAGGAAAGAUUUUAACUUUUGGGACUGAAUAAAGACGAUGAAUGUGGCGGGAAACGAGCUGCUCUGUUGAUUGAAGUAGCGAGGAGGAUCUGAUGAUGGGGAUCCUCUGGUUUUACUUCUGAGCUGAACUGUGGAUGGACGGCAGGAUAUUCAUGUGUCUUCAGAAUAAUGCAGCUUGUUUAGGAGCAGUUUUGUUUACGUAAAAUAGACUGGGACUUUUAAACUAAUGUUUCCUGCAACCUUAAAUUAAUUUAUGAGUUACUCAGCAUCCUGCUAACCCCUACAGACAAGAAUCGGUCAGUGUUUUUGUGCUUUUAAAUGAGUAUAUUUAACUUUAUUUCAGUUUUACUUCCAUCCAGAAGCUUUCACAGCCUCCAGAUGGACGUUUUCCAACUUUUUCUGAACAAAAACUGACGCAAAGUUAGUCAAAAAAGAGCGAAAUAUCACAUUCUAAUGCCAGAUUUACCCCAGAUAGCACAGAGGGGUGUCUAGUUUUGUAUAAGCGUUGUACAAAUCAAUGAAACAAAAAAGACAAAAAACCUUAGCAAUGUUUUGGUUUAGGCAUUGAGAUGGAAUGUAGAGCCAGAGGGGAAGAAAAAGUCCAACUUUCACAACAGUACUGCUAGAAUACAGUUAUGGUCCCAUAUGCAAAAGCUACCUGCACAGGUAGAAACCUUCAGAAACCUCGAUCAGACGUUCAUAUGAAGCAGUUAAAGUUAAAGUUCUCUAAUGCCAGAUUUUACUUCCAAUCGAAUCAAAUGUUUUUUUUUCUACAAGCGUUUUAAAUGUUGAUUUAAUUGUGGGAAGCCAAAGUUAUGAUGAAUAUUUAGUUUCAUUUUGACGAAUGUAGUUUUUCCAUCUUCACUGGUUCAGUCGGUGUCUACUUACAACCCUGGAAUUUAUAUUUUUCCUUCAUAAAUGUAUCAUUUCUUUUUAAGCAUGGUGGUGGCAGCAUCAUGUUUGAAGCAUGGUGGUGGCAGUAUCAUGUUUGAAGCAUGGUGGUGGCAGUAUCACGAAGAUGAAAAAAUGAGCCCAUUGUUAUUUUUGGCUGCCACCACCAUGCUUCACAUCAUGAUGUUGCCACCACCAUGCUUCACAUCAUGAUGUUGCCACCACCAUGCUUCACGUCAUGAUGCUGCCACCACCGUGCUUCACGUCAUGAUGCUGCCACCACCGUGCUUCACGUCAUGAUGCUGCCACCACCAUGCUUCACGUCAUGAUGCUGCCACCACCGUGCUUCACGUCAUGAUGCUGCCACCACCAUGCUUCACGUCAUGAUGCUGCCACCACCAUGCUUCACACCAUGAUGCUGCCACCACCAUGCUUCACACCAUGAUGCUGACACCACCAUGCUUCACACCAUGAUGCUUCCACCACCAUGCUUCACACCAUGAUGCUGCCACCACCAUGCUUCACACCAUGAUGCUGCCACCACCAUGCUUCACACCAUGAUGCUGACACCACCAUGCUUCACACCAUGAUGCUUCCACCACCAUGCUUCACAUCAUGAUGCCGCCACCGUGCUUCAUGUUAUGAUGCUACCACCACCAUGCUUCAUAUCAUGAUGCUGCCGCCACCAUGCUUCAUGUUAUGAUGCUACCACCACCGUGCUUCAUAUCAUGAUGCUGCCGCCACCAUGCUUCAUAUCAUGAUGCUGCCGCCACCAUGCUUCAUGUUAUGAUGCUACCACCACCAUGCUUCACAUCAUGAUGCUGCCGCCACCAUGCUUCAUGUUAUGAAGCUUCCACCACCGUGCUUCACAUCAUGAUGCCGCCACUGUGCUUCAUGUUAUGAUGCUACCACCACCGUGCUUCAUAUCAUGAUGCUGCCACCACCGUGCUUCACAUCAUGAUGCCGCCACCGUGCUUCAUGUUAUGAUGCUGCCGCCACCAUGCUUCAUAUCAUGAUGCUACCACCACCAUGCUUCACAGUGGGGAUGGUGUGUUUAUGAAGCUACAACUUGUUGCAUUAAAAGUAUUUUUGAAAUAAACCACCAAAGUCAA